AUGAAGUUUGGGAAGAACAUAUCACUUCAGCAGGCCCAACGGACGGAUCUCCACUACUUACAAUACAAGCUUCUGAAGAAGAUUCUUAAGAGGUCUACUAGGAGCACACAGGCCGAUGGUAGCAGUAGAGCUGCUUAUGACCAUCACCCUAAUCAGCAGUCCUUUGAGAAGAUGCUCGAGGAUGAGAUUGAUGAGGUCAACAUAUCAUUCAGCGAACAUGCUAAUAGAUUACAAGAUGAAAUUACAGCGUUAAGUUCAGAAGGUUCACUUGAUGAAUUGAGGAAAUUUGCAGUUUGGAAUGCAGUUGGUGUUGUCAAGAUUCUAAAGAAGCGGAAUAAAUUAAGGGCCACCUCGGACCCCCAAGGCGAUCUUCAAGACAGCAGCAUUGAUAUGGACGAGGAGCGCUCCCGGUGGCUUCGUCGACAAAAAUUUUUCACCGGGACCGAUUUUGCGGAACUACAAGCGUCCAUAGAGUCCCUUUCGAACGCUCUUUGUCGCGAAAGACUGCACGAGUUGGGACCCGAGAAGUUACCUUCCCAGUUGGUCUUGGCCGAGGACGAUGAUUGCCCUGUUGGAAUGUUCAGAGACGAGCGAUGUCCGAUCUGCCUCGAAAAAUGCAGUGACGUGGUGGAGCUCUCAACUUGCGAACAUCGCUUCUGUUGGAAGUGUUUCGUCCUGGGCCCCAUCGCGUUCGCCCCUGGAGAAUACAGAUUCGACCGCUGCCCGAUUUGCCGUCGUGAACAGCCUCUUGAUCCUACGGUAAACUUCAAGACCGAUACGAAUAGCAACUCGACGACUAACAUGUUGUUGAGAAUGGCUAAAUAUGUUGAAGUAGAAGAUCCACCGAAGAAUGAGCAAGUCCAAUCUAGUGAGCCCAGUUCGAGCUCUUUCUUCUCUACGUUGCCAGCGACUUCCCAUAAGAGUGCUGAAGGUAGUGUUUCCUCUGAAAAGAGUUCACAGCAGAAUGCGGCGUGGACUGGCAAUUCGGCCGAGGCCAUUAAUAUGAGUAAUCCUGUAUCUGCUUGCAGUCUGAGGCGGGAUCAGUCGGGGUUCAGCCCAGCCGAAUCUUGGAAGCCUACACAAGAGUAUCGCAAACGCGCAGGAUGUGUGGUUUUCAACGAGGCCGCUCCAAUAUGCGACGAUAAGAUAUCCCAAAACGGUGAUGAUGCCAAUGAGGACGAUAUAUGGCGGAGAUACCCUCAGCAGCAACCAACCACUUGUGGAGGCUUCAACAGAUUAUCGUCCCAGAUAGAGGGUAUGUUCCUCCUACUCGCCCUACGUGCUGUGCCCGCUCUUAUAUUCCUCAUGUGCACCAUCCUACUAGGAGUAUACGACCACGAUUUACCAGCUUACACCCGGGCUGAUGUGACCGCUAUGAUUUGGGUUACUCUCGCUGAUUGGGCAUACAAUAUCGCUAUGAGUACCGGUCUUGUGAUGCUUUCACCUCUCUGGGUUACAAUGGGUACGGUUCCCAGUGUUCCCGUCGCUCUAAUAUUCGAUAUGUUUGCCAAGGGACUCACACUGUCAGUCGGAGCCUGGACAGGCGUUUUGUUGACUGCUGUGGGUUUCAUCGUCUUCAACGUGAUCUCUUCCAGAGAAGAGAGUGGUAAGCAGCGCGAGGCUGUUGGUCUCCCAUCCGAUCAGUCAGACUAA